CAAAACCGAAAGUAAAAGCAGUAGGUGUCUGCGUUGUAAUCUGGCUGUAUCCUGCGCGAUACUCGCAUUUUAUCUCCAGGGUCUCCUGCUCGCAAUUUGGUUUUUCUGAUGAUUCACCUAUAACGUCGUGCAGCUUCCUGAAUACAUUCGUAUUUUUCUGAAGUUUUCGUUUCUGACUGAAAAAGUCUGGUGCAAACGAUCAUACAUAAGAGUUUCGCCCCAUGGGGUUCUUGGUCGAGUCGACCCCUUUGAGUUGGGAGCAGGCGCUCCCGAAGCUCAAGUACGUUCGAGACCAUUGGAACGUAUGUUAUCAGGUCGCGAAAAAUCUGAGCCUGUGAGUAGAACUAACCAACUACCUCUCCGCUUUUACAACAGGAGCCUCACUGCUCCCAUUCGGACGGCGCCUUGACAUUCGACCCCGGGAGCGAGCGCUUCUCGCAGAGCAGCGACAGGAGCGGCCGCCCGGUGCUUCCACGUUCGAUUCGCUGAACCUCGAGGAGCCGCUUGUGGCGCGUGUCUCGAUGAACAAGCUGCAGAUAGGGAACAACUAUAAGAAGCCAGUGCAGGUCAACAAACUCUUUCGACUAUUCACCUCGGCCGCCUCUCCGGGUUCUCUGCUGGCAUCUCGAGCUAAAGCAGUAGGCGAAGGAGCUCCUCUAAAAAAAGCGUCGGAAAGCACUGCCGAAGUUGUAUCGGUGGGAGAACUAUCCACAGUACAUUUCCUGUACAUGAUGUACAAAUGCGGUUUCUGCAUGACAAAGCUUCCUUUUAAUUCGAUAUAGCAUGACAAGUGGCAUGCUCCAAGUUGGUGAAAUUCGUGAUGCAUUUUGUACAUGUACAGGAAAUUUGAAUUGCAUAAGAACUGCACCGGCUAAAGGAAGAAAUUAGGCAGCGGAGCUUCAGCAGCGACACGCUUUGUUCGUCAACAGCCGCACCUUCCGGCGUGAACAGUCUCAGCUCGGGGUCGCUGAUAGAAAUGGCAGCAGCUCAACAAGAACCCACGUCCUCGUCGAGCAGCAGUCUCUUUGCACACGACCUACAGCCUACUUUGGACCGUGGCCUGUAUGUGCAUUUCGAGACCAGCAGUAGCCCGACACCAGGGGAGGAAGCUACGGGGAACAAGUUUUCGCUCGAUAUUGAGGAUCUGGAUCCAAGACGGGAGGAGGUGAAGCAAAUGAGGACUCCGGCCAGGUUCGGGAGAUCCGAUACUAGCUCGUGGUGGGCCGGCGCGCAAACGAAUCCAUUGCUUACGGCUGUGAAGACUUCGGCAUCCGAGCACGAACUUCCCUACGGCUAUGUUGAUCAUUUGCGGGAGCAAUCAGUUGGCAAAGGUAGCACCUUGGGUAGAGUAAAGCCACGACGUCAACAGCCCGCCCGACACAUUGCGGAAGAGGUAGCAAUUGCGGCCCUUGGCGGGUGGGGUUGAAAGUCGCUAUGAUUUUGCUAGUUUCGAAUUUAAUGAGAACACAGCUCUAGUAGUUCUAAGAUUGACUGCGUUUCAGUGCCAAAAAGGUACUUCAGUUCUUUUUUACUGCGAAAACCAAAAGCACAGCGAACCGCCUUUGGGAACACAGUUUUCCUCCCUACCGAGCCAAUGAAAAUUGCAGUCACAAGAUUGCAGCUCGAAUGCACGAUGCCUUUCGGAAGAUAUCGCUGUCCACCGCCGCGUUACAACUGGUGAGUGCGAAAUAAACUCAACACUAUCACUAGACGACAAAAACGCAU